AUGUCGCUCUCUCUCCGCUUAACUGAAGAUUCCACCGGCACGCAGGACCGUCUCUUUCAACACCUCAAUGAGUAUCUGCAGUCCGACGGAUCGGGUUCCGCAGCCACCACGGCGCAGCGCAUCGACGAGGAGAAAUCGUCCCUGGUACCCACCGACCCGGGCGCAUUCUGUCAAGACACGUGGCUGGUUGUCCAGCAGUUGAUCGACCAGAUUCCUCAGGAUCAUCCCUAUCAGGAUCGAUUGGUCGAGGUGAUCGAGGCGUUGACGAGGUUGCCUUCCACGGAGAUUAAGAUCUGGGGGGAAACUUCCCGCCUGUGGGCGGAUCUCCCUCUCUUGGGACCUCAGAUGCGUGACCAUUGGAACCCCCCGGAAUACAACGUAAAGAAAGCCGAUUCCUGGCCCGAAAAGGCCCGGAAAUGGGUGCGCCUGAACGCGUUCGCCGCUCGACUGUUGAACCUCGAGCCGGUUACUUGGGGCAAUUUCGGACUCUGGACGAUGCGCGAUAUUUUGGAGAACGAGAUAUCGGGACCAGAGUUCGAGAACGGUAUCGAGGCAGUGGCGGUCUGGAUCAAGUACGCCGGAAAGCUCAUCUAUGAGACGUCCAAGGCGGUCGAGCUACCAGAGGAAAGGAUGUUUAAGCCGGGGCCCUUGUAUUCCGGCCCGUCCAAGUACUGCCUAGAAAGAUGGGUGUUCUGGAAGGAUCGGCUGGGGGUUAUUGGAGUGCAGGGAGGCGAGACGGCAACUAGGGCCCAGGAGACGAAGAGGAUCAUGGAGGAGAUUGAGGCUUGA